AUGGAGCAAAAAGAGUCAAAUCACCAAGUUCCCAAGUCUAGAGCACCAAAUCUACAUUUCUCGCUAAAGACCAAACCGGAGCAUCCGAAGUACGACCGCAUGUUCAUGCCUUCCCGACGUCCAAAAGUCAUGAUUCUUAUAUGGAAAGAUAGAUAUUUGAGUCAUGACCCGCGGCGAAGUGGAAAGAGGUCAUUUGGAUCACUCGUUGGACCGGAACUUAUUUUCUACCAAGACAUGUCCGACGAGCGCCUAAGUAGAGCCCAUGGAGACUUUGAUGGAUCAAGAGGCCCGGAUACCGCGCCCAAGGCCUUGGCUCAUCUUGACACUAGCAUAACUCAAUCCAGAAGCUUCCAUUGGCCUGAACGCGGCCCAUUCAAGAACUUGGAGAGCAAGCUCAAGCGGCUAAAGAGAAAUGGAAACUUUCCUCUUCUGCGCGCGCUCAACUUUGCCGACCUAGACCCGCUCUCUACCUAUAUAUACUUGCUUUUAGCCUCUUGUAAUAAGAAUCACCAGCCGCAUAACAAGAAACACUUAUUCAAUAAAUCUAGAAGUAGAGAUUUCUCCCUAAGGGUGAGGCGUGGUUUAGUCCAUAUUCCGCCGCCUCUCUCUCUAAGGAUUCAUGAGACUUCAUCUACUAUCUAA